GGAUCAGGAAGAUGGUUAUCCAGGAUCCAUGGUGUCUUUCCGAGGCAGCAAAAUGAGAGGUUUUGGUACAUUUAUCAGCAGACCACUGCUUUUCCUAUUACUUCACUUUACUCUAGUGCAAUGCGAUAUAACAGACGGCAACGUAGAGCACUUGAAGCGGGAGCAUUCGCUCAUGAAACCGUAUCAGGGUGUUGGAAGCAGCCCAUCCAGUCAGUGGGACUUCUGGGGGAGCACGCUAGUCACCAGCUCGUAUGUGCGCCUGACGCCUGAUGAGAGAAGUAAACAGGGAUCUAUUUGGAACACGGUGCCUGUUUAUCUGAAAGACUGGGAGAUGCACGUGCAGUACAAGAUCCACGGGUCGGGGAAUAAACAUUUCCAUGGAGAUGGCAUCGCCAUCUGGUACACAAAGGAGAGACUUAAUCCAGGCCCAGUCUUUGGAAACCAAGAUCAUUUUGUUGGCCUGGCUUUAUUUGUGGAUACCUUCCGCAAUGAUCUCCAUGGGAUGGAUCGGUCCUUCCCCUACAUCUCUGCCAUGGUGAAUAAUGGUUCUCUGCCCUAUGACCAUGGGAAGGAUGGACGUAACUCUGAACUGGGAGGCUGCUCUUCUGAGAUCAGGAACAAAGACCAUGACACCUAUCUGGCCAUUCGCUACUCCAAGAGCAGGCUCACGGUGAUGAUUGACAUUGAUGAUAAGAAUGAAUGGAAAGAGUGCAUUGACAUCUGGGGUGUCCACCUCCCCACAGGGUACUACUUUGGAGCUUCUGCUGCUACAGGGGAUCUCUCUGAUAACCAUGACAUAAUCUCUAUGAAGAUGUACCAGCUGAUGGUAGAUCACACACCUGAUGAGGACAGUCUGGACUGGACCAAGAUUGAGCCGAGCGUCAGCCUGCUGAAGUCCCCCAAAGACAACAUUGAUGAUCAUACUGGUAACUUCCGAAGCACACCUCUUACUGGCUGGAAGGUCUUCCUGCUUCUGCUAUGUGCUCUACUGGGAAUUGUAGUUUGUGGUGUUGUAGGGGCUGUAGUCUUUCAGAAGCGCCAGGAAAGAAACAGGAGGUUUUACUGAGAGGGAAAAACAUAUUUCUAUAUGUGCGAGGUAUUCGUAAAAUGAACUGUUUGCGAAGAAUACAGAUUCAGCAACACAUCCAAAGUGAAUUUUCUAAAGAUUGUAAAAAUGUUUAUCUGCUGAGGCACUGCGAUGAUGACAGUCACUUAUGGUAUCGUCCAAUGUUUGUGAAAUAACAUUUUAGUCAUUUUAUCCAGAGCGACUUAGUUAGUGAGUGCAUACAUUUUUCAUACUGGCCUCCCGUGGGAAUUGAACCCACAACCCUGGCAUUGCAAGCGCCAUGCUCUACCAACUGAGCUACACGGGGGGCCAUGACUUGUGGUUACUACCACGUAUAUGAGUGACCUUUUAAUGGAGGCAGUUUGUUUUUAUUCAACCUUUCCCCUGUUCUUUUUGCUUUCCUAGUACAGGGGAUAAUUGUUGUUUUGGAUCGAUCUGUAAAACACUGAUUUGUUAAAUAACUUUCAAAGGAAAUCAUUUUCACAACAUUUUCUGUAUAAGUUGUAUAAAGAUGAUUUAUUUUCACCUCAUCUUUUUAUACCAUUGGGUUCUGAGUGAUUGAGCUAAUUCACAUAUGUAUAGGAUUUGAUUUAGUUU